GCCAGAUGUGCUCGAAUCAAAGGGUCAAAAGCAGUGGAUGAGACAAUUAUGAGUGUUUCCUUUUCAAUACCAGAAAUCUCCCCAACUACUCCAUUAAUUGAUUGCACACACCAUACCAUCCCGUUUCCUAUCCCUUGCCAUUAAUAGAAUAAUCGUCGAACAGUGCUUUCCCACUUUUAUUUGUGCUAUCAUCACUGGCUCCCAUUUUACCCGACGGCGAAGAAACUGCUAUAUAUAUGCACAGAGUUCUGCUCUGAGGCGACGCGAUCGAUUCUGAAUUUGAAACCCUCCCUCUUGCGAAAUGGGCGGAGGCAAUGGCCAGAAGUCUAAAAUGGCUCGGGAGAAAAACCUGGAGAAACUAAAGUCCUCCUCAAGAGGAAGUCAGCUGGAAAAGAACAAGAAAGCCAUGACAAUACAGUGCAAGGUAUGCAUGCAGACAUUUAUAUGCACAACGACGGAGGUGAAGUGCAGGGAGCAUGCAGAAGCAAGGCACCCAAAAUCUGAUGUUUAUGCCUGUUUUCCCCAUCUUAAGAAUCCCAACUCCUCCUAGAGGAGGCUGCCCGCAUACGUCUUUCAGUGUAACAACAUCUGCUUCUGCUAAAAUAUACCCAUAAAGAUCCAACAUUUCUUUCAAUAAAGAUAAUUUUCCGUGUUCACGGUUCAACAAAUGAACAAAUGAUUAGUUCCCCUCUCCAUCUCCAACUAAUGAUUAGUUUCCUUCUCCAACUGAGCUUCGAUCUCACAAUCACAAUCAGCCCAAUGUCGUCUUUUGGGACAGAGUAAUACAAAGCAUUCUCACCAUCAUCAAACUAGUAGACUGACUGGACGGCUAUGAUUAGAGGCAGUAAAAUUAGGCCAAGAUAUAGUUUUUAAUUAUUCAAUAUAACAAAUCAAUAUGAAAGCUUUUUAAGCUUUGUGUAAGAAAUAAUAUAUUUUAAGCUCAACUUAAUUUUAAAAUAAAAAUUAAAAUUUGAAUGUUAUGAGGAAUUAAAAAUAAAAAAAAAAAAUGAAUUUGAGUGCCACGUAGUUGCGCUUUCUUAGUACGCGAGAAGAGAACCAGUGUGGGUCCCACCAGACUAAAUGUACACGCUUAAUGGGAUAUGAGGGCCACGCGCCUCCACUUUUAAUGGCAAAUGCCUGAAUUCACGAAGUAGUGUGACGGAAAACGGGGAGUACGUGUGGUCGAGGAAGCGAUGAAGGGUAUAUGCGGUUUUCUGAAGAAUCGGAUGUGGCGCGAGAAGGACAGAGUCGGACGGUCGCAUCCGGUGAGAGGCGGAUCUGGAGAAACAGUCGGCUGAUGAGAUUUGGCGGAAAAGCGGAUCUGGAGAAACAGUCGGCUGAUGAGAUUUGGCGGAAAAGCGGUUAAUAUUUCGAAUUAGGUUCCCAAUGUUGCCAACGUGCUUCUUCGGAGGAGGGAGAGAAGGGAGCGAGUUUCGCCAGGUAAAAUUUCUGACCGCGUUCAGAUUUGAGAUCCUAGCGUUUCUUCUCUUUUUAAUCUCUCCUCUAGCGGGGAGUUGAAGCAGAGCAGACGACAAUGGGAUGGUGGAGCAGGAUGACCUCUCCGUUGCGAAGAUUUAGCUUCAGAAUCGCGUCUCGUCUAGGAUUUCGCAAACGCGGACUGCUGAAACUUGGGCGAGAUGUGAGGGCUUGCGAAUACGGGGACGUGCAGGUGAUGUGGGAGAUGGUGAAGAAAAACGAAAAGGAGGUGGUUGGCGUCCAGGAGAGACGGCGAAAGAGGAGAUCGUUGUUGAAUAUCUUGUGGUGGGGUGGAUCAGGUGCAUGCAUUGGCUGCAGAUUCUGAACAAUUCACUUCCCAAUUCACUUCACAAUCCAUCCCCACUCUUCUGUUAUAAAUCCGGCACCAUGAAUUUGGGUCACAAACAGAUUCAAAGUUGAACAAAAAAGCUGCACUCUACACUGAUUCGAAGAAGAGGAAGAAGUGAUUGCGCAGUUUAAUCCAAUCUUGACCAGACCCCCUCUCUUCUCUCCUUGCUUCCUUAUCUAUAAAAUAAUAAACUAAAUUUUGGUAUAUGCAAUUUCAUCAUUUUUCUUUAUCUCUCGUUUCCAAUAUUCAUACUGUGGAUUGCUGAUUCAAUACCCAAUCCAUUCUCCCUCCGGAAA